GUGGGUGGAGCUUCAAGCGGCUACCAUCGCGGCCGGCUCCAACUAGUCGGGGUUGGAGGCCGCAUGGCUUCUGCUUCCUCCGCUGCGGCCCUUUCGGGCCGCGGGGCCCGGAACCUGUUGCAGUUCCUGCGGCUGGUGGGGCAGCUCAAGAGGGUCCCACGGACUGGCUGGGUAUACAGAAAUGUCCAGAAGCCAGAGAGUGUAUCAGAUCACAUGUACAGGAUGGCAGUUAUGGCUCUGGUGACCAAAGAUGAACAUCUUAACAAAGACCGAUGUGUACGCCUAGCCCUCGUUCAUGAUAUGGCAGAAUGCAUCGUUGGGGACAUAGCACCUGCAGAUAACAUCCCCAAAGAAGAAAAACAUAGGCGAGAAGAGGAAGCUAUGAAGCAGCUAACCCAGCUCCUUCCAGAGGAUCUGAGAAAGGAGCUCUACGAACUUUGGGAAGAAUAUGAGACCCAAUCUAGUGCAGAAGCCAGAUAUGUGAAGCAGCUGGACCAAUGUGAGAUGAUUCUUCAGGCGUCUGAAUAUGAAGACCUUGAGAACAAACCCGGGCGACUGCAGGACUUCUACGAUUCCACGACGGGAAAAUUCAGUCACCCAGAGAUAGUCCAGCUUGUUUCUGAACUUGAGGAAGAACGAAACGCUAACAUAGCUGCUGCCGCCCCCGCCGCUGCCAGUAAACCAAGCUCCUGAGAUGUUCUCUACAUUGCUGCGCUCCUGUUACAAACGUUUUAGUUUUCCGUUUCAUGGUAUUGUGUUUUGCCACUGUUGGUCUCUUGAUUUCCCCAGAUGUACGUCUGUUUAUUUUCAAUUGCCUGGACUCCAGCAAGAAAUGUUAUACAUACCACUGGGGCAAUAGAAAAAGCUACAGAACAGGAUGUGGGCAUGAAAGUCCCAUGGAUGAAGACUUGGAGGGUGGAGGGCUUUUAUGAACUAAAUAAAUACAUUUUAAAACCCUUAAA